AUGCUCUCUGCGACCGGCACCAAGGGGCAUCCUUCCCCCUUUAUAUUACUAUACCAGUGUGGGAACUGUGUGGUUGGCACACCACCUAGUAGGCAUACCCCGAUUGUGCACACAGGGGAAGCCCGACAACACAACCUAUCACGGUCACUGACCCAUGUCCUCUCCUCCAUAGAUAUCUACCUAUAUGAGGAUGAGCGACACACCACCGCCAACCCAGGUCUUUCAGUCCAUGAUCAACGCCACAGUGGCGGCCUCGGUGGAAAAGCCUUGUCAAAAAUGCUCACCCAACCUCCUCCUGAGGUAUGCCUGCUUAACGCAGGCUUGUCCCCGAUGCUGGAUGAGGACGCAAAGGGUUCAGAGAGGCCCACCAUGGAACUUUUUUUGGCUUAUAUAAAAAGAGGAAAAGCGUACAAUUAUAUCUCUAGGUAG